AUGGCGGCCUCCAUGCUGGGCUCUGCCUGGUUGCCGCGGCGGCUCAUUGUCCCUGGUCUUUGCCGCCGUCGCCUGCCCCAGCAUAUGCGUGUGCGUUCGCAUCGGCUUCCGGAGCUCGCAGUGUCCGGGAGGAGCGUAGCCGCGGCUAGCGGGCCGGGAGCAUCGAGCACUGACCUCUACUGCCUGGAAUUGCUGCGGAAACGAGAUUAUGAAGGCUAUUUAUGCUCCCUGCUGCUCCCUGCAGAAUCCCGAAGUGCUGCAUUUGCAUUGAGGGCCUUCAAUGUGGAACUGGCUCAGGUUAAGGACUCAGUGUCUGAGAAGACAAUUGGACAGAUGCGAAUGCAGUUUUGGAAAAACACCGUGGAAGACAUAUACUGUGACAGUCCACCACAUCAGCCUGUGGCCAUUGAACUAUGGAAGGCUAUCAAAAGGCAUAAUCUGACUAAAAGAUGGCUUAUGAAGAUCAUUGAUGAAAGAGAAAAAAAUUUGGAUGACAAAAUGUAUCGUAAUAUCCAGGAACUGGAAACUUAUGCUGAAAACACACAAAGCUCUCUUCUUUAUUUAACACUAGAAAUACUGGGUAUAAAGGAUCUUCAUGCAGAUCAUGCUGCAAGUCACAUUGGAAAAGCACAAGGCAUUGUCACUUGCUUGAGAGCAACCCCCUAUCAUGGCAGCAGAAGAAAGGUGUUCCUUCCCAUGGAUAUUUGUAUGCUGCAUGGUGUUUCACAAGAGGAUUUUCUACGGAAGAGUCAAGAUAAAAAUGUGAGAGAUGUCAUAUAUGACAUUGCCAGCCAGGCACACUUGCAUCUGAAGCAUGCUAGGUCCUUCCACAAAAGUGUUCCUGUGAAAGCAUUUCCCGCUUUUCUUCCAACGGUUGCUCUGGAGGACUAUUUGAAGAAAAUUCAACGAGUGGAUUUUGAUAUAUUCCACCCAGCCUUACAGCAGAAGAAUCCAUUGCUUCCAUUAUCCUUGUAUAUUCAGUCAUGGAGAAAAAGAUAUUAAAAUAAUUUCAUGUCACUAGUUUAAUUUAUUAGUUUCACAAGUGUAGUAGUUAGGGUUCUUAUUUAUGUGCAGUAGGAACUGACUAUGAUUAAAGAGAAAAUGAAUUUAUUG